UAACGAUAAGUCCGCGGUCACACUGACGUGCAAAAUCAGCUGUUAGCCGCUCUAAUUUUGUUUUUCCGGGGGCGUAAAUUGACAAUUUAAUGUUUUGAACGGCUUCGAAAGCAUUCCGACAUGGACUCUACUGCCACGCGUACUGUGACCUUUGUGUACAACUACAAGGACCAUGAAAACAAAGACUGCGUAGCCCAGCUGGACAUAAAAUUCCCCUUCGACCAGGAGAAUCUGGAGGAGUGUCUGACGCUGCUCCUCAACCAAAUGGAUCCCAUGAUGCGGUAUCUGGACGAGAACAUUAAUUUGGAAAACCAGCUGCAGGAAUUUGUCGACACUGAGCACCAAAAGUUCCUGGACGACUACGCCGAGAAGCUAAUCGGACAGGCGGCCAACGAAGAGCUCGACUUGGAGGCCAUAGUGCGGGACACAGAGCGGCUGUAUAAGGACGAGCUGCUGCAGUUUGCCGAUCGUGUAGGCCCCAGGGACGAGGAUAUAUUUGCGCAGAGUUUCCACCGGCUAGUGCACUCCUCUUCGUUGGAGGAAAUCCUCAAACGGGAACGAGCCUACGCCAAAGUAAUAGCCGGAAUGACGGAGCACAUGGACAGCGAGGUGGAGACGCUCAACACGAGCCAGCAGCAGGAGAUGGACAGUCAGAUCAAUCAGCUGGACAUAACCACCACCUCGGAGGACAUCAACAACCUGCUGGCACAGCAGUACACCACCCAGAACUUUGUGCGCAAGCGCUACGAGUCGGAGCUGGAGGCGAAGAUGGGUCACCAGAAGAACGAAUACCGGGACUGGAUCACGAGUCAAGUGAGCCAAAUGUUUCAGGUCUCGCCGGUGGCCACGCCGCUGGGCAAUCGCUCCUCGAUGUUCGUGUCUCAGCAGCCGUCGAUGGAGGAGAGCUUCACCAUACAUCUGGGCUCGCAGCUGAAGCACAUGCACAACAUCCGCAUUCUCAGUGCAAACGUCACAGAACUAUGCAGUCCCCUGCAUGCCGAGGAGAGCUUAAAUGGCCUGAACAUGGCCCUGGGCCUCUAUUCCAGCUCGCUGUGUGGUGUCGUCGUGCUGACGCCAUCCAUUCAGGCCGAGGCCAACAAGAAUAUCAUUAAGAACGCCAACAGGUCCACAGAGUUUCACUUUGAGCAGAUCGACGUUCAGCUGGAGAAGAUCGAGAAGCAGAUCCGCAGCCUCAGCACCACCGAUUCGAACAGCACUCCGAGCACUGCCAGCAGCAACAGCAGUGCCGAGGGCAGCGCCACGCCCUCGCCCACCAAAAAGCACGUGCCCCGACUGAAAACAGGAGACUUCUUCAUCACAAAGCACUCGAAUUUGUCUCAAUCCCAUGUGAUAUUCCACCUGAUCUCGGACGAGCCCAUCAACAGUCCGAGCGAGAUCAACUCCCGUCAUCCGGUGAUUUUAGGCCUGAGGAACAUCCUGAAGACAGCCAGCAGACAUGACAUCACCACGCUGACGAUACCGGCUCUCUUGCGCCACGAGAUGAGCGAGGACAUGACAGUGCAGUGGUGCAUCAGGCGCGCGGAGCUGGUCUUCAAAUGCGCCAAAGGAUUCAUGAUUGAAUCAGCGUCCUGGGGCGGCGCCGAGCUAAGCACUUUGCAAUUGUUACUGCCGGAUGAAAUAUCGGAGAGCCUGUUCACCACGCUGGCGGGAAUGGUGCCCAGCGUGUUUCAUGUGGCCAAUCCGAAGAUACUCGUCGACACCAGCAGCAAGUCGUAGACUGCGUACGAGAGAACAUUCCUCGAAGAACAUUGAAGAAAAGACUACUUUAGUUUAUUUGUAUGAAUAUACAGUUUAUUCAGAUUCAGAGUUAUAUAUUUAUGUAUAUAUAUGUAUGUAUGUACCUAUAUAUGCUUCGGUAUUCGUCGCCACGCUCAAAAAGUUGUUUACUCGUAAAUUUAACACACUCAGAAUUCUUGUGUAAAUGUUCCUGUAUCAAUUUUUGUCAAUAAUUCAAUUGCAACCUUUUGUUUUUUGUUUCUCAAUUUCCAAACUACAACACUACUGCUCGUACAAUGUGUAAGUACAUAUGUGUGUAGGCAUUUACUAGAUGUAUAUGCAGUUAUGUGUUAGGUAUAGGUAUCAUGUGUAUAUUACUUCCAAAUGGUUUUUAUCCUUUAUCUUUGGUUUCUUAGACCCCUCACCAGCUAUCGCUGAUGCAUUGUCUGCCCGUGUGUUGUGUGUGUUGUCUGUCGUAUGUGUUCGGUUAUCUUUAAUGAUUAUUAUAAUACGGUGUUUCACUGAAUAACUCUGUUCUGUAACUUGUAAAUAUGCAUUUUUGAAAUAUAUAUGUAUAUAUAUAUAUAUAAUAUGUAUUUA